AAGAAAGGCUGGAAGAUUGCGCACGCGCAGUUGAGACAGCGCGUUAGGGGAAAGAUGGCGUUCGGUGACCCAGGCUUUGCGCGCAUGCGUCUUACUGCAGGCUGAAGCCGAACCUUAGGGACCCAGGACGCCUUCCUACACAUGCGCAGGAGGCUCAAUGACAGUCGAGCGUUGGCUAAGGCUCCAGGGGAAGGGUCUGGCCAUGCUGCAUGUGACCCGGGGGGUCUGGGAAUCCAGGGUCCGAGUAUGGUCCCUGUUGCCCACGCUCCCCGGGCCCCCCCGGGCCCUGUCGUCACUGGCGACCAAGAUGGGGGAGUACCGCAAGAUGUGGAACCCCACGGAGCCCCGAGACUGGGCCCAGCAGUACCGCGAGCGGUUCAUCCCGUUCUCCAAGGAGCAGCUGCUCCGCCUCCUAAUACAGGAAUUCCACUCCAGCCCUGCGGAGAAGGCAGCUUUGGAGGAUUUUGCAGCCCACGUGGACUUCUGCACCUUGUUCCACUACCACCACACCCUGGCCCGGCUGCAGGCCUUGUAUGACCCCAUCAACCCCGACAGGGAGACCCUCGACCAGCCUUCGCUUACGGACCCCCAGCGUCUGUCCAAUGAGCAGGAAGUGCUUCAGGCCCUGGAGCCCCUGCUGGCCCAGGCUAACUUCUCCCCACUCUCUGAGGACACUCUGGCCUACGCUCUGGUGGUCCAUCACCCUCAGGAUGAGGUCCAGGUGACAAUAAAUUUGGAUCAGUAUAUCUACAUGCAGUUCUGGGCCCUGGGCCAGCGAGUUGGGCAGAUGCCCCGUAAGUCCAGCGUGGGCUCCAAACGUGGCUUCUUCAGCAGGUCGCCCCCCACAGAGAGGAGGUACUUUAAGCGGGUGGUUCUGGCAGCCCGAACGAAGCGGGGGCACCUGGUGCUGAAGAGCUUCAAGGACACGCCGUUGGAGGGUCUGGAGCAGCUGCUGCCAGAGCUAAAGGUGCGCACAUCCGCCAUGCAGCGUGCCCUGCUCAACCUCACGCUCUUUGUCUCGGGCAUGGCGUUGUUCGUCAACGUGGGCAUGGUGGUGCUGACAGACCUCAAGAUGACCACCUCUCUGCUGCUACUACUCUUUGCUAUUUUCAUGGGCCUGCGGGCCUCCAAGAUGUUCGGACAGCGGCGCAGUGUGCAGGCGCUGGAGCUGGCACACAUGCUCUACUACCGCAGCACUUCCAAUAACUCGGAGCUGCUCAGUGCCCUGGCCCUGCGGGCACAGGAUGAACAUGCCAAGGAGGCACUGCUGGCACACAGCUUCUUGGCCCGGCUGCCCCGGGGCGCACACGGCCCGUCUAAAGAGACCUCCCAGUGGCUCCAGUCGGAGGUAGAGAACUGGCUCCUGGCCCAGUCAGGCUGUGCCGUGGCCUUCAACGGAACUCGGGCCCUGGCCCACCUGCAAGCCCUGACCCCCAGCAUUGGGAUGUUCCCACCCCCGGGUCUCCCCAAGCUAGACCCGUUGCCUACGGUCAUUUCCGAGGCCCCCCAGCCGGCACCUAGCAGUGAGGAGCCUGGAGGGAAACCUCCGCCCAGCCUGGCCUAGCCACCCGGUGAGGGGCUAAGCCCCGCCUCCUCCACGAUAAGCUGUCAAUCAAAGCUACCAUGCUUCGCCCCGCCCCAACUUCCACUUACCAAUGGCAGUCACUUCCGUUACUGGCCAGCGAUUGAGGCAGCCUACAGUUGCUAGGCGCCCCUGAACAGCCAAUCGGAGCUUCUUGGCUCUGCUUCUAGGCCACCCCUUAGUCCCAGAGUUCGGCUGAGGAGGAGUGUCAGCCAAUCACAGCCGUUCGGUGCUGCAAACCACCAGGCACCGCUGUUGAACUGUACUCUCCCGAGGCCGUAGAUCACUGUCUUUUUAGCCCGCUCCGGGCAAGAUGCCCAACGCGUCCACCAAGGCGGAGCCCCAGUCUGCAGCCAAUGGGAGCGGGUCAGCCCAGCUCUCUGGCCAACUGCCAAUGACAGCUGCUGGGCACUCCAUCCGAGGCUGCCAGUUGUCGCUGCAUAGGAGCAACCAAUCAGAACGUCUAAAGGAAACCUAAUCUUUCUGUCAAUUACCGCUGCUCAAAAGGCAGGUCAACUGCUGAUCAGCUGGUCCAGGCUCAAGGGGUUGGGAGCCUUGUGUCAGGCACACGGCCGUGGGUCAGGAGGAACCAGAGACCAUCCUCACUUCAAGACUCAUGUCCACUCAGGCCCCAACAACCUCAGGUGCCUUCCCUGCCCAGGCCCCUCACUCUUUCUGCAGAAACUACCUCGGUCUGGAUCUUCUACCAGUGACCUGUGCAAUAUUUAUUGGUCUGUCAAUUUCUCCCCUGUCCCCUCUCCCAAAGGAAUAAAUCAUGUUU